AUGCCUCGUUUUGGUAAGUUUGUGGAGAUUCAGUUUGAUCAAAAGGGGAGAAUUUCAGGAGCUGCUAUCAGAACAUAUUUGCUGGAACGAUCCCGUGUUUGUCAAGUUUCUGAUCCUGAGAGAAACUAUCAUUGCUUUUAUAUGCUGUGUGCUGCACCAAAAGAGGAAUCUGGUAAGUACAAAUUGGGAGAUCCAAGAAAAUUCCAUUACCUUAAUCAAUCAAAUUGCAUUGAGUUGGAUGGGUUGGAUGAUUCUAAGGAGUACCUUGCAACUAGGAGAGCUAUGGAGGUUGUUGGGAUCAGCGGAGAUGAGCAGGAUGCUAUAUUUCGAAUAGUAGCUGCAGUACUUCAUUUAGGAAACAUUGAGUUUAUUAAGGGUUCGGAAGAUGAGUUGGAUUCCUCUCAGCCCAAGGAUGAAAAAUCCAUUUACCACCUAAAAACAGCAGCCGAGCUUUUGAUGUGUGACGAGAAGUCCCUUGAAGACUCUUUCUGCAAACGUGUUAUGGUGACUCGUGGUGACACCAUAACAAAAUCACUUGAUCCAACUGCUGCAGCCCUCAGCAGAGAUGCAUUGGCUAAAAUAGUUUAUUCAAGGCUUUUUGACUGGAUUGUGUGCAAGAUAAACAACACUAUUGGGCAAGAUCCAGAUUCAACUAAAUUGAUUGGAGUUCUUGAUAUAUAUGGAUUUGAGAGUUUCAAAACCAACAGCUUUGAGCAAUUUUGUAUCAAUUUAACAAAUGAGAAAUUACAGCAGCAUUUCAACCAGCACGUCUUCAAGAUGGAGCAAGAGGAGUAUACAAAUGAAGAGAUUAAUUGGAGUUAUAUUGAGUUCGUGGAUAAUCAAGAUGUUAUUGAUCUCAUAGAGAAGAAACCUGGUGGUGUUAUUGCUCUCCUGGAUGAGGCCUGUAUGUUUCCAAGAUCAACGCAUGAAACAUUUGCUGAAAAGCUGUAUCAAACCUUCAAAGACAACAAACGCUUCAACAAGCCAAAGUUCUCUCGCACUGACUUCACCAUUAAGCAUUAUGCUGGUGAUGUCACUUAUCAAACUGAUUUUUUCCUUGAUAAAAAUAAAGACUACGUUGUUCCAGAGCAUGCUGCUCUACUCAGUGCUUCGAAGUGCCCUUUUGUUUCAGGGUUGUUCCCUCCUUUACCCGAGGAAACUACAAAAUCGACAAAGUUCUCUUCUAUAGCCACUCAGUUUAAGCUACAACUGCAAUCUUUGCUUGAAACACUAAACGCUACCGAGCCUCACUAUAUUCGUUGUGUAAAGCCA